AUGUCACAAAAGAUAGGUCACACGGGAUUAGCCUUUGCCAGGCUUUGGCACCACGUUGACGUGGCUCAGGACAAGAGAACUCUCGGUAGGUUGGCGAGCUCUAUUGCAUUGACGCUGAUCGGGAAGCACAAGCCGGUCUAUCAUCCGAGCCAGGACUGUGGGGACUACGUGGUAGCCACAAAUUGCCAGCAGUUGCGAGUCACAGGUCAUAAAUUCGACCAGAAAACCUACUGGUCUCACUCGCAGAAACCGGGCCAUUUGAAGCAGGUUACGAUGCGUAAGAUGGUCGAAAACAAAGGCCACGGCGAAAUACUUAAGAAGGCCGUCAGUGGUAUGCUACCCAAGAACAAGCUGCGGAAACCUAGGCUCGAGCGGCUCAAGGUCUUUGACGGCAGUCAACAUCCGUAUACAUCAAACAUAACUGCUUUUGUCGAUCAACAGCCCAAAGUCAUGAAGAAAUUGAAGGAAUCGGAAUCCAUUUAG